UCAAGACAAGUUCAAAAACUCUCAUGUGCUUCUUUAUUUUUUUUUCUCUCGCAAACAAACUCUUCACUGACGUAAUUUUUUUCUUGCAAAACGUCGCUGGAAUCUGUGUAUAUAUAAACUGACAUAAAUAAAUCAGAUUAAAUUUCGAGUUUCCAACAAAUUCGCUUCCAUUUUUUGAGUGAAAAUAGUUUUGAGUAAUGCAAGACAUCCACUCGAUCGGAGUUGGCCGUAUAUUCGGCGGCGGCGGAGGAGGUGGGGACAGAAGGUUACGGCUGCACCACCACCACCAAAACCACCAAGCACUCAAGUGUCCGCGCUGCGACUCUCUCAACACGAAGUUCUGUUACUACAACAACUAUAACCUCUCUCAGCCACGUCAUUUCUGCAAGAGCUGCCGUCGUUACUGGACAAAAGGCGGCGUGCUCCGAAACGUCCCCGUCGGCGGUGGUUGCCGCAAAGCCAAGCGCUCGACAACCAAACCUACAUCCGAAGCCACCUCCUCUGCACCGCCACGGCUACAGCAUCAACAGCGUGAUCAACGUAAAGAGAAUUCUCGUUCUAGCAGUGAGAAUUCGAGUCUUACUGCAGCCAAUUCUAACGUCGCAGCAACAAAUAACAACAACAGCAAUAAUAGUUCUGCUUGUGGGACUGCGGAGGCGCUAUCGGCAGUAACAUCUCACUCUAGCUUGAUAAAUGUAAGCGAUUCGAAGUUUUAUGAAUACCCUAAUAAUUUAGGAUUCGAGCCAGGAUUGCUGGAACAAGGAUCGGACGGCGGCAUAUUUUCGGAGAUUGGGAGUUUUACGGGCUUGAUUAGUUCGUCAAACAAUGAAACGCUGCCGUUUGGUUUCGGUACGGUAUUAAAUGGGCAAGGAGUUGAGCAAGUACAGUGGCAGCAGCAGCAAAAGAUGAUGAGUAUGAGAGGGGAGGAAAUCACCGGGGGAUUGGUUGAUCAGACGCUGGAGGUUGAGCUAUCAAAUUUGCAUAGUAGAUCGGAGGGUGGAGGUUGUGGAGGAUACGGACCGUUGGAUUGGCAAGGGAGUGGAGAUCAAGGGUUGUUUGAUCUUCCAAACACUGUUGAUCAGACGUAUUGGAGUCAGUGCCAGUGGACUGAUCAAGAUCAUCCUACCCUCUAUAUCCCGUAAUUUAUCUCUCAACUUUUUUUUGUUAAAUUAUUUAUUAACUACAAAAUUUAAAAAAAAAAACAAAAACAAAAAAAAAAAGGAGAAAAAACUGCAAAAAAGCUUAGCUUAAGGUAAAGAAAUUGAAGAGAGUUAUAUGGGUAUAUGAAUGUGACUGUUUCUUCUUGUGUAAAUAUUUUAAUAUUUAAGUUUUAUUUUGAUGAUU